AAAGUGUGAAAAAUAAGAAGAAAGUGGCGCAAAUUCGCAUUCCGGAGCACGGAAAGAGUUUCUCGUUAUGGCCAACCCGAAAGUGCCCUCAACAUAAUUAGCAGCGAACCAGAAUGGCCCCGGAGACACAGAGCAGCGUUGCGGCCGACCCAUUUCUGAACGAUCCCCAUAACGAGGCGCAGCCGAUUUUGCCACAAACGGCGUCAACGUCAUCCGCCUCGUCCGCCUCGUCGACCGUUUCGUGUGCCUCAUCGUCGUCCGCGGUCUUAUCGGAGUUAUCGAAGCAGGAGAUCGAUCGGCUGAUUGCCGAGAAUAUGGCUUCCGUGCUGAAGUCGCUGAAGAAACGGAAGCACGCCAAGAAACACGCACGUCUUCGUCAGGCCGCAGCGGCGGCUCCGGUUACCGUCGAAGGUGCUGAAGCUGAUAAGGCCCCUGAAACCCUUGAAACCAUGCCGAAGAGUUCGAAAACCAAUGAUUCAUCGGAACAGAAGGAGAUGAAUGAUUCCGCUCCAAAGCGCCGCACUUCGCCGAGAAAGAGCAAACAGGAAACCAUUGAGUCUGCGGAAUCGGAAGUGAAGCAAAGGAAGCAAACAAAGAAGAAGAGUCUAAAGGAAGUGCAGACCGUCAAAGCUCUUCCUGCCGAGGUAGAGAUGGCCGUAAAUGGCCCCGUCCCGAGUCCUACUAAGCAGCAGCACGAGAAGGGCGUCGUUGGAAAGGAAAACAAGACGAUCAAUGCGUUCCAGCUGAUGAUGAAGGCACGCUCGAAAUGCAUCGGAUCGAAUUCGCCCGGUAAAGAGCGUUCGUCGGAGGAAGCAACCGAAGAACCGAUCCUAACACCCCAGCAGGAACUGAAAGCAAAACGCAAACUGCAGCUGGAGAAGUGGGCCGAACGGAAGGGAGCGGGCAAGCGCAGGAUACAAGAAGACGCACAAGAAGAAUAUAUCGAUCAUCAGUUGCGGAAGCGGGCGAAACGACUGAAGAGGCUCAUCAGUAAUAUGCACUCACCGGAAGAGAAGCACGAGACGAAUGGCCGGAUAUCGCGAAGAUCCUCCGCGGCAAACACAAAGAAGCUGGUGGGCGACGAACAAGAGGAAGAACCUGUUGAAACCAUCCAAGCACCCACUGUCGAACCACCUGCGACACCACCGAUGACAACAUUAGCCACAGACGAAUCCGAUGAAAAACCACUCGUCCUGGACGUGGAGAUCGUGGACAACAACUCCGGGGAUGAAUUCUUGCGACAGCUAUCCUCUCCACGUAAGAAGAAGGACAGUUUGCUGGGAUACUUCAACAAGGUAGCACCGGAAGUGGAAAAGAAAGGACCUAAGAAACACUCCCCUACCACUAGUAGGUCUUCGACAACGGUGACUCGUAGAUCGAAGACGGCCGUUGUCGCUUCCCCUUCGAUUGCAGCAAGCGAUGAAAAACAGUCCUCAGCUUCAACACCAUCGACAUCGGCACCGGUAACGGAUGACGGCUCCGCUUCGCGGCCACGUCGUUCCUGUGCCAACCGUAUCAAAGACUAUUCUACCUUCGAGCGUGACAGUCCACAAAAGGAGCAAGCCGAACCGAGAAAGGUAUCCGCACCGACGGUAACUCCUUUGAAGAUCAUUAAUGUUCAAUCGCCGAGCGCGAUGAAAGUGAUCCGCAGUCCGUCCGUGCGUAUGUUCAUGUCGAUCGACGGCGGAAGCUCGGACGGUGUCCCGAUCGUCAUCGACGAUGAUAGUAAUGUGCCUGCGACUCCAAAAAGUGUCAAACUGGCUCCGGUGUUUGUGAAAGCAGCACCAAUCACCGCGAAGCCACCACCGAUCGAUCCAGAACGGGCCCGUGCUCGUCAGCUGUUCCUGAUGUCUGGCCUGCCGGAGAAGCUGCGCCAGGAGAUCGAUCGUAAGGCAGCGUACGAAGAGUUUAUCCUCAACGAAUCACCGGUCUUUCCACUCGUCAGCCAUGUCUUGCAACUUGAUCAGGCCGAGGAGCAGUUUCUUCGUGAUCGUCCGGUGGUGGACUUUGCCCGAAGUUGCAUCAAACUGCGACCACCGGAAGUGCUGAACUCUCCGGCGGCCCGAAAGGCAGAAGUGAAGCGAAUGGCCGCUAUGACGAUGGCAAGUCGAAAGAUACGCCUCGGAACGUUCACCACGUGCGGCGAGUACGAUUACGAGGAUGCGCUGGUGCGUUGUAUAGGCGAGGAAGAUCGAGAAGCGUACGAUGCAAGCGAGCUGCCCGAGGUGAUGAACGUAAAAGCGAUCGUGCGGGAUUACAAGCAACGCUAUCAGCACUUUCCAGUGUUCAAGUGCUACAAGCAGUUCCGGGCGAUCUACGAGGAGCAUCGUGUGAAGCAGCCAGUCCCACCAGCAGCCAGUAAGGAGCUCGAUGAAAGUCUCGAAAUUAUCGAUACAGAAUCGAGCUUCCGGAAUGGGGAGCUACUGUUUACGGAGAAGUAUAAACCACAAAACACGGAACAGAUCCUCGUUAACUAUGUCCCGGCGACGCUUCUGAAACG